CAAACCAACAACUCUAGACAAAUACCACCAACCAAGAAAUCACUCCAACAUUAACUGACCCCUAUAGACAAUCCGAGACGAUGGCAUCUGAACAAACCAUCCGCCCAAAAAGUAACCGCAGCGGGUUGCCAUCACCUAGUCCUGAUCCCGAGCCUCUUCCUGCGCAAACCAGGGAGCUCCGGCUUUCGAACAACGGUAGUGGCAGUAAGAAAACCCAGCGUCCGUCUGUUGCGUCGGGAAAAGCAAAGCACCAUCCUUCCAACAACGCCAACAGCUCCGAAGCCCGCUCUUACACCAAGGGAAACAACAAAAACAACCACGUCAGAGACCCUGAAUGGGAAACAUAUGGUCCCAGGCUGUACACCUGCCCCGACUUGCAUCGUCUCCGCGAGCUAAACGCCCGCAUGGACUUCUCGCGAGACUCCCAGAUCUAUGGUUCUUCCAACCCAGUACGCAACCUCCCCGGUCCUCCGUGGCAGCAGCACCAACAGCAGCCACAACAACCGCAAGCCAUGGAUCCCGCUUCCCUGGCUAGAGAAGCCUGGCCUCUGCCUCCCGACGCCAAUGCCGAAGCCGACGCCGGCUCUCCAGCCCACCGUGAAGUGGACCUCUGGGAAAUUCUCCAGAAAGGCCCGGACAGCGUCAUGCCUGAACCCCCUCGGCCUCAGCCAUACCAGUCGUUCGCCGGCGCGAGGUCUGACUAUCACAGCCCUCCGGGUCCGAAUCCGACACCUCGAGAAUGCGGAGCUGGUGCUCGCACCGCCAAUGCUCGUCAACAGCCCCGCCAGGCCGGAUCAGAUCGCAGUCAACGUAACCCUGGCGGUCAUGUUGCCCGUGGUGGCAUCCCCCGCGUUACAACUACUAUCAACAACGCCAUGAAGAACAACAACAAGGCAGCUGCAGGUAAGACAGAGAUCCGACCGCAGCAGACGCAGUCUCACCCUCUCAAGUCCGCCGUCCCUAAACCUUUCCAUCAGUUUGCUCCAGAGCGUCAGGGCCCUCGUAGGCACGUCGUGCGCAAUAUCCACUCCAUCAAGACCCCUGCCACGCACCCGACCGAGCCGGCGACAACAUCAUCAGCAGCAGCAGCGCAAAGCCAACACGAGCAUCCAAAGAACAAGAAGAAACCUGUUCCGCCCCAGCCCCAGCCGCCCCAACCUCCCUCCCUGGGGGUAAUAGACCCAAGCGAAGACAUCUACUCCGCCACCCCUCGAGCCGCAAAAUUCCGCCCCUCGGACAAAUUCGUCGACGUCGACGACGAGCAAGCAUGGCCCCUCCGCCCGGAGGACGACAACAACCACGCGGACGACGAAGCUGGCUCCCCCGCCUCCAAGACCUCCGGUACCACCACCAAGCCGUCUUCGUCCUCGUUCCGCGCCCGGGCCGUGGAGAACUGGUCCAAGUUCUACCACAAACUGGUCCGAUACGACGACGACGACGGUCUCUUCUCCGACGAGGAGCAGCAACGGCCUCUCAGCCCCGGGGGGUGUUCGACUUGUAGCGAGGACUUUCGGCCCAAAUCUACCCAGGAGAAGCGAGGCGGGAAGGGGAAGGAAAAGGAAAAGGAAAAGGAAGUCGACGUGCACGGAAGUGAAACCGAGAACGGCGCCCCCUCGCCGGUCGUCGACAACAGUAACAUGACGGAGAUGGACAUUCCCCUCCAGCUCGACCUCCCAGAAACAGGCCCCUCUUUCAUCGACGCCAUGGCCGGAUCCUUUCGUGCCAUCUACGCCCGGGGAGCAGAGAAUAGCGGGAAGCACUCGUUAGCUCACAGCAAGAACCGCAGCAACGGAAGUUCCCACACCACGCGACGCGAAAUAGAUUCCGAUUCUCGGUCUCACUCUCCCGUCUCCGUCCCAACAACAUCCCCCCUGGCCGACGUUGACCACACCCCGAGCAAGACAAACAAGGGGAAGGGGGAAGAUACAGGCGGCCCGGACCCCUCGCUUCCUGUGGACUGGAAGGACAUCUUCAACGCCGACGACCAUGGCAUCCCGGCCAGUACGUAUCUCGACGCCCUGACCUCGCGGGAGAUUGAGGGCAACACGCCGCUUCAUGUCUUCAUGCUCAAGUCGGUGCAGGCCACCCAGGCAGCGGCCCACGACAUUCGUCGUUUGCGAUCGGCCCUGGCGGCCAAGAAUGAGCAGUUGGCCGCUGCCCACUCUUUGCUUCUGGACGCGAACGAGAUGUUGGCCGAGGCGGAAGCGGAGGAGCGGAGGAGGGAAUAUGAGGAUGGGGACAAGGUAGAUGAGAAGCCUCGCUCGCCGUGAGCCUGGUCCUAGUUAGUUUCUGAUGUGUGAGUACAAAAGAAUGUAACUAAGUAAGGAGACAAGCACAGAAUUGUUAAAUGGGAU